AUGAUCGACCUAGAAAACCUCCGUACGGCGUCGCUGUACAUUAACAACCAGCUUCUGUCGCGGGGCCUGCUGCGCGAUGGACAGAGCAUUGACUUCGCCCAUCCGGGCGACAGCGAGAGCGAGGUGGCCGAUACCAUGGGCCGUAUCAUCUCGCUGGUCAACGAUCUGAUUCUGCGUCGGGAUCGCGAUGCCGAGCACCGCGAGUCCCUUUCGGCUACCCUGCGUACGCUACGCGCUGAGUCCCUCCGUCAGGCCAACGAUAUCCAGCGUCUCCAAGAGAAGCAUGCCGAAGCCCUUCGUAAGGCUGGUGCCAGUGAAGCUGCCGAGGCUGCUAUGCGCUCCCAGCUUCGGGCCGCCGAGCAAACAAUCCACCGCUUGAAGGAGGAGGCUGCCCGCACCAAAUCGCUCGUGGCCCAAACCCGCGCUGCUUGCGCGAACGAGGUCCGCAAGCGGGACCGUCAGAUUGAGAGCUUGAAGAAGGCCGUUACAGAGGCCGGUCGUGCUCGAGGAGCGACCAAGAGCCCAGCGAUAACAACAGUUACUGUCGUCGGAGACGUCGGGGGCGACGCUGAUUAUGCACCUCAGCGAGAUGGCACAGCUGCCGCGAACGACUUGCGCACGGAGACCAACGCAUAUCUAACAGAGCUAGCACGCAAUCUAAGUGAGGAGAACGAAGAGCUGCUACAGAUGAUCCGGCGGGCUUUGGAUCAGCUGAAGGAGAUGAGCGGGUGGGACGACAAUAUGAACGGUGAUGGCACUGUUUCCCCUGAGCAGAAUAGCAAUAAUGGCCACGCAUUGGUGCUUGCUACGAACAUGGCCGACCUCCAUGCCGAAGUCGAUGCAGUGCUGGAGCACCUACGUACCAUCUUGACCAACCCGUCAUUCGUGCCUAUUGAGGAGGUUGUCGUGCGAGAGGACGAGAUCAACAGGCUACGUGAUGGAUGGGAAAAGAUGGAGACUCGCUGGAAGGAGGCUGUGCACCUGAUCGAUGGAUGGCGCAAACGCAUGCAAAACAGCGGCCGGCCCGUGAAUGUCGAAGAGCUGAAGAUGGGUCUGCGGCUCAGCCCCGUCAAGGUUAGCAACGUCGAGGAAACAAACCACGGCUUGGGGCUGUCCCUGGACGCCGUGAGCGCCCCGCGUAGCGAAAUGACCGACGAGAACAGGAUGCAUCACUGCUGCGAGCACCAUCACCAUCAUCAGCCGGAGCCCAUGGAAAUCGUACCGGAGCCGGAUGUCCACGAGGGUGAGCCUGAUGUGUUUGACGAAGAGCCUGAGCCCGCGGUUGAUGAUGACGAUGACAUGGAUGAUCUCGACGUCAACGAACUGGACACUGAGGAGCCGAAUGUUCAGAUCCUUCAACAAUCUGUCAUGAUGUCUCAGAUCGGCCCGCUUCGCGACUCUUACGCUGCUGGUAACCGUGGCGGCCGUGCGGAUCCCCAUCACCGUCGCACUAGGGAAUUCUAUUCUCCCAUCGCUGAGGAAAACGUGUGGGAGUACCAGCACGGUCCAGAGGAGGAACCUCUGCGAUCGCCGCGGCUGCCUUACCCGGCUGAGAAGCCUCCUGGAUCUGCUCCAAAGAAGCCUGCUCUGUCGUUGCGACCCGUUCCUCCUGAGGAAGAGGCUGCUUCUGUGCCGCUUCCGGUGUCUGCGACAACCGUUAACGCAAACAGUGUUAUCGACACUAAUCCUCCGCAGCCCCCUCCCAAGUCUAACAACGAAGGAGCUAAGAGGUCAACUGUCGCUUCACGGAACAAACGGUCGGAUCAAGCACAGCAGACUGCGACCGCCACGAGGAGAGUUCAGAGGGAGGAAACAAGGGCAACGUCCAAGACGGUCGCUAGCGCUGCGAAAGAAGCAAAACCAGUAUUGCGGUCACGGCCCUCUAGAUCGGCCACGACCAGCACUACCGCCAGCACUGCCGCCUCACGAGGUCGCUCCCCCACAAGGAAAGCGGAUCGUGAUAAUCACUCAACCAAGUCAGCCCCGCGUGCGAGAUCCGUAGCCUCGGCAGCGUCAUCUCGUUCAGGUCCUGCCGCUGCUAAGAGCGCCGCAGCCAGCGAGAAGCAGGCCCCGUCGGGGUCGUCCAAGAUACACGCUCGCGCCUCAGCUUCAGAGGAUACGGCUCCGUCGCCCACCAGGUCACCUGAGCGCACACUCAAACGCGUCAACUCGCGUCUGCCGCUGCCGCGGUCCAGUUGCAACACCGGAUGUGCGACUGCGGCAGGGAACGCCGCGCUCCUCCCUCCACAACAGUCGCCUAUGUUGACGACAGAGACCAUCGCCGCGAAACUUGCUGCAUCAGAGCGCGAAGCUGAUGCCGCAAGGGUCAAGGCUAAGCUCAAGGCCGCUAGGUCAAACAACCUGAAGAGUUUCCCUCCACCAGCUAGCUCCCACGCCGUUGAAGGGGAGACCGCAUCAGGGGCAACAACCACCGGCAAAAGCAGCUUGAGGUCCGAGAGCGACUCUGCGACUACAAGCGCAACAGGAGCCACUGCAUACUGCAGCUGUAGCUGCGGACACAACCCGGCAGUUCACACUUCCCCAACGCGACGUGCCCGCGCUGGCAGCAUGCGCUAUCGCGACGACGAUGGCGUCGAUGAAUUGACGCUGGCCGAGCCCCAGUCCCACCAGCAGAGGAGUGUGGACAAAGAAAGGCACAAACGCAGUCAUUCCAACGUUGUUGCAGCCGCUGCGAACAAAGUUGCUACUCGGAGGAGAAGUACCCUCCAACCGUGGGAACUGGAUGCACUGCUUCAGGGUCAAGCUGUUGCAGUUGACAGGUAG